AUGUUAUCCACGCACGCGUCUCAUCAACUCGCCGCAUUAACUUUUCUGCUGCGAGACCCUCGACAGUUCCCGGUGGUGAUCGUGGCGGGACGCUCUAUGAGCGCCGUCACAGCUCUGUACCGCGUUCUCCCGACUGCUGCGUACAUGAUGUACAACACGGAAGCUAGGGGCGACGGAUGCACCGCGUUCAUCAAGGCUGACUACCCAGAUCUGCCGCGUCCGUCGUCGGUGCGUUUGGUCCCACACACUGCAGCACUCCUGGGCCCGGAGCUGUGCGAAAAGAGUGGCGCUUACGUGGACAUCAUGCGAGCAGCUGCAGAGCCGGUCGGUACCGCAGAGGUGGCGGCUUCGUCGGAGGCUGACGAUGGGGUCGCCGCCGAGUUCUGUGGAGGUGGGAGCAUCCCUCCAGGUGCGCAGGAUGAGGAGCUGCGACACAGCAUUACCUCCUCCUUUACUGAGCAGUUCAUAUCGUUAAUCGAAGAUGAGUGCAGCCCGCCAUGCGCGCAUCAGUCCUGCAUAGAGACAGUGCCGGUGCAGCCCGCGGGAAAGCGAGAGGCACGGCUGUGGGGCCGCGAAUUCUUGCACCACAGCAAGCUUCACGGUGCCCGCAGUGGCUCCGUCUUCUCCCAUCACGACAUGCAUCACGAGGCAGUGCAGCACGGCAUUCAUUGGGUGGUGCCACGAUGGCUCAUCGACGGUAAAGUGGAUCUUCGAACAGCGAUGGACGCAUGGCGCAGUUUGUUGAGUCAGUCACGCCCCGGCGAGGUUGUUUCUCUGGUACUGUUCGUCAACGUGGAUGUCGUGGACCUCACUUCCCUCAUAGGCCAUUCUGACCUUUGCGCGUCGCGGGAGAGGUCACUUUUGAGAAGCGACGCGGUGGAGAAAGAAAAAUUGUGCCGAGCCUCGCCUCCACCUGAGGGCUGCGGAAGCUGCGCAGCCCUCAGGUGGCCCCUCCACGCUUCGUCGCAGCUGCGGGCCUCCCUGCUUUCCCUGCAAGCGAACGCAACUGCCUUCGCCGCAUCCUCCUCCGGCCGCGCGCCGUCGGCUGAGGUGGUGGGUGCAAGAACACCUCUGCAAAGCAUUGGCGCGCGGAGCGGUGCCGCAGCUGAUCUGCCGCCGCGAAGAAGGAGCUUAGAGGUUCCUAUUGUGAACUGCUGGGCUACGGCGCGCACGAUGGAGAUAGAGCACGCAAAACAUGCACACAGACUUACAGUAGACGCUUUCAGACAUCUGUUUUCCGUGUUCGACGUGCACCAUCCGAUGCACCGGCGUCGCCUGCUUUGCCAGCGUUCCUUGCACGAGAGCCUUCAGCGAAUUCCAGAUCCACUCCAGAAGUGGCAGUGGGUGUUGCACCAGGACAGCUCCCCGUACCCCGUGCCACCGUCUGAUGCAACGCUGUCUCGUGCGUUGCCUUACGUGCUGGUAAAGGACGCGAAGGAGCAGCGCCGGCAGCACCAGCGGGCGUUCCGGCGCAACGUGGUCGAUGCGGCAAUGUUGCAGAGCCUGAAUUCCCGAGGCCUCUCCGCGGCCCUCUCCACCGCGGGCAGUACCCGGGCUCUCGCCCCGUUUCCAAGACCGAGGUACUUCACCACUCUUGUGUCCGAUGCGGGGUCGCUGCUCGUACGUGAUGGGUGUCUCUCGGACCUCUUUGUGGUGGAGUUUCAGCCAACGCUGCUGGAGGCCGAGUUGAGCUCGCAUUACUGGCGGUCGGUGCGGGAAACAACUCCUGGCGGGAUUACAGGCUUGUCACUGAGGCAGCAUCACGUCUUCCUGAAGCUUCUGUCAGCGGCCGAGGAGCUUGUAGCCGCAGCAAUGCCCUCCACUUCCCUGACUCGCGAUGUUUUGGAGAAUGCCGUGCGCUUUCUCUACACGUGCGGACGGGGUCGUAGUCUUCUGGCGUGGCCGCUCACAGAUCCGGCGGAGGGUCAUCAUCGCCUUCGGGUUGCCUUCACCUUGAGCUAUGAGUUCUACGCAGACCCUCUUGUUUUUUCGCGUCGCUUUCGAGGUGCGGCACGUGCAGGCUACGUGGGGGAGGCGCAGAUACGCCGCCUUGCAUCUGGCGCUGACGUAGCGUCGUCCCACGCUGCUGCUGCCGCUGGAUUUGGGAGUGCCGAGUCACCGUGUAGGACAGAGACACUGAAAGAUGUUGUUAGCUACAUACUCGCGACCAUGAGGAGGCUUGGCUGGGUCUUGGUCUGGCAAGAAGAUCAUCAUCACUGGCCAACCGCGGUGCCACCGCCGCACAUGCACCCCCACAUCAACGGUAUGCCAUCUGCUUUUCCGCUGAGCAGAUGUGCUGGACCAGCGCUCCAGGAACGGAUUGCCGCGUCGCUGGAGAGGUGGCGCCACGAACAGCUGCGGCUCCACAACAAGAGAUAUGACGCUGACGUGUCAGCUGGGGCGUUAAAGACGCCCUCGUCUCACCAAACGGUUGUGUCGACGAGGGCGGCGGCUGCAGACGCGGCCGCAGCGUCGCCGUACACGAGCCUCGAUGUGUGGCAGGCCGCUCUCAUCCCUGAAGACGCCGGCGUUUACCUGUGGGAAGGGCAAACGGUGUUUCUCGAUGAAGGUUGCCCGGGUGUCAUCGUGGAGUUCCGACCACCGCCGGCGGAGCUGUUCACGUCGAUCGAGCGGCACCCGACGGAGGCGAAGCGCGCGUACUGGCGUGUGCAGCAGGACCUGCACGCCGACUUCAUCCACUUUUAUCGCUGGCGCCAGCACUGUUUUGCCGCGGCAGACCCGCGAGAGGUCAGGGCUGCCUUCACCAGCCUCCCGCAUUACGUACGAGCACGGGAAAUGACGCACUUUCCUGUGGUGGAGCUGCUGCACGCAUCCCCAGGUGGUAAGCGACCGCGUGUGCAAGUGCUGCCGAUACGCGCAAAGCAGCACUAUGUGGGGUAUCCGCGCGUGUGCGUCGUGAGUGGUGCGGAGCAGAAGAACUGGCACGAAGCGCACGGCCGGCUGGCGCCUUCCAAGGACGAAUUCCGAGACCUGGUGUGGAGGCUCUCCACCACAGACGUGGACGACCGCUCUGCGUCGCGGGUGACACUGUUGCGGCUUCCACUCUCGCCCUUUCGCAUUGAGGCGGCUGCGUUGCCUUUUGUGUCUCGUGUGAUGGAACUCUCUAGGCGCCCUGUUGGCCAACGCACGCAACGCGCUCUGUCGCACGCGACAACUACGAAAAAAAGGCAAGCGCUCUUUCAGCGUUUGAACGUGGAGUGGGCCAGCUGCCAUGGAAAAACCGUCGUUCACGACCGGUUGUCUGCUCUGCAGCUGCGGCCGGUGAAAGAACGUGCGCACAUUAACUGGAGGUCGCUACCCACGUCACACCAUUCCGCGGCAGCACUCUAUUUUGCCUUCUUCACCGCUCAUCCCGAGACUGUGCUGCCCUGA